UGCCGUUCAGUUAGGAUGUGCAGUUCGAGCGGUGCGAACGUGUCCCGGGCGCGUCAAUUGGCCAAGUAGCCGAAAAAGCCAAGAGCCAACCAAAGCAGCCGCCACGGCAACAGUUCUCCAUAGCCUGCGCCAGCAUCGAGCGGGAAAAACACGCCCGACACAGAGAGUGAAAUUCGCGGGUCGCGCGUUGUGUGUAAAUAAACAGAGAAAACGAGUGAAUGAAAUACAGACCGCAAACGGAUCAUCCAUCAUCGCCUCAUCUAUCAGCGAUCCGCGCGAUUUAUUGGCAGUGAGUGCGCCAAAAACAUUCGGUCAGAACUUAUUGUAUUAACAAUAUUGCCUCAGAGUGUCUGACGGAUGACUCGGCAGCCAGCGCAAUGUGAGGAGAGCGAAGGGCAGUGGAGCCAGAGCCAGAGCCAGAGCCAGUCAAUUGGAUCGAUGGGAUCGUGUCCCGCCAGUGGCAGCAGAAGUUCAGCGAGGAUGCCCCACACUUGUACAUAGCCAGAUCUUUUUCUAUUCGUCUCUGUCAUGUGUCCGUGUCUGUAUCUGUGUCCGUUUCCGUGUCCGUAGUCCUAAUCGUAUUCGUACCCGUAUCUGUGUAAACUGUAUAUACUGUACAUGUGCUGUAGACUAUAAUUGAUUUAUGAAACAAAAACAAAAGCCAAGAAAACCAUAACUUAAACAAAAAACAAAAAGCAAAGAAGCGCGCGCGCGUUCUACACGCCACACACGAGUUUCGGUGCAAAACGGGUAUUAAAAAAUCGAAGUAAUCGCUAGAAAAUAUUGCGAAUGCUAGGAAUUAAAUAAAUUAUUAGGGUUAAUUGGGUGUUGGAGCGGAACGCGAGAGAGCAGCCGAUCACCGACCACCAUCACACGCGAGAAUUCUUCAAUUGGAAUUUCGCGCGUAAGCAAAUUUAAUUAUAAAUACGAGCAGCCGGAUGGACGGCAGCAUGGGACCAAUCAGACUAUAGAGAUUAGCCAUAGCUAAACACACACACACACACACACACACCUAGAGUUAGGAUUAUAGCAGAUCGCACAGACCAGCAGACCAGACCAAAGGCAGCCAUGGACUACAGCAGGCUGAAUGCCAACAUCAACACGGGCAACAUUAGCACCGACGACUUUCUGGCCGUGUUCACGACCAGUUCCACAGCAGCCACAGGCGGGCCACCCAAUGGCACGCGGUACCCGGACACCCUCAAUCCCCCGCUCCUAACCGUAGAUGGCCAACUGACGGUGCCGGGCCUGCUCGACCAGUCCGCCACGGGAUCGGGUGCGGGGUAUAUCAAUGUGAACGACACGAUAUAUCUGCUGAAUGGCAGCUUCUACAACAGCACACUGCAGCUGGCGGGCAGCUACUACAACCAGAGCGGCGGAGCGGGCAACCUGAGUGGGGGCUACGGCCUCAUGGGCAACGGCAGCAAUGUCACGGAGGUGCACUGGGACGGACGCUAUCCGAGCGGGUACACGCUCACGCACAUAGUGAUUGCCUCGAUCAUUGUGACCAUUCUAAUGAUCAUCAUCGUGGUGGGCAACAUGCUGGUGAUCAUUGCCAUUGCGACGGAAAAGUCGCUGAAGAACAUACAGAACUGGUUCAUCGCCUCGCUGGCUGUGGCCGACUUCUUUCUGGGCCUCAUCAUAAUGCCCUUCUCGCUGGCCAACGAGCUGAUGGGCUACUGGAUCUUCGGCAGCUGGUGGUGCGACAUCCACUCCGCGAUGGACGUGCUGCUCUGCACCGCCUCGAUCAUGAACCUCUGCCUCAUCUCUCUCGAUCGCUACUGGAGCAUCACCAAGGCCGUCGACUAUCUGAAGUCGCGGACGCCGGCCCGUGCCGCUGUCAUGAUUACGGCGGUGUGGAUUAUGUCGGCACUCAUCUGCAUCCCACCGCUGCUGGGGUGGAAGGUAAAGAUGCCCGAGGGACCGCUGCCCAAGUGCGAGCUAAGCGAGGACAUCGGCUAUGUGCUGUACUCAGCGCUGGGCUCCUUCUAUAUACCCAGCUGCAUUAUGGUCUUUGUGUAUAUACGAAUUUACUUUGCCGCCAAGGCGAGGGCGCGGCGAGGCAUCAAAAAGCAUCCGCGCAAAACAAACAACGAACAGGUAACGAGCUUCACCACCGCCAACAAGAAAGGAACAAUACCGAUGCCAUCCUCCAGCGGCGCCUCCGCGCUGCAGCUGCACCAGCAGCGACAGAUAGCCACAAUCGAGACACCACCGAACAGUGCCACGCUGCCGAUGCAAAUACCAACGGUAACCAUGGACCUGGCCUCUGACAUAUCCACCUCCGAGGCGGGGGAGCUGGAGGCUGUGGCCGCCCAAACAGUCCUAGCCUACGCCAAUGCCAAUGCCAAUGCCAGUGCCAAUCCCAAUGGUGGCGCGAAUGCGGUCAACGUGUCGGGUGGCCUGUGCUCGCCCAGCUCGCCGAAGGAGACGCUGCAGGUCAGCACCAUAGCCACGGGCCACGUUGGCCUCAAUGUACCCGUGCCACCGUCCAUGGGCAGCAACAACUCCAUCAACGCCCUCAACAACAACAAUGGCAGUGUGGAGGCUGCCAAUAGCGUCGCUGGCGGCGGUGGCGGUGUCGGGGCUGGCGGAGCCAGUGGAACCGCUUUGGGUACCACCGUGACGUCUAGCAACGAGCUGAGAGUGUCGCCCAUCGUCGGACGGUGUCGGGCGCUAUCCGUGGGCGUUGACACGGACAUGGUGAGUGAAUUCGAUCCUUCCAGCUCGGACUCGGGCGUGGUCAGUCGCUGUGCCGUGGUCAAGCCGCUCAAGUUUCGCCUUUGCCAGCCGAUCUUUGGACGCAAAUCGAACCAGCAGCGGCGCAACGAGUCCAAGGCAGCCGCCGCGGCCUCAUCCAAGAGUCCGACCCCGGCCGCAGCAUCAGCCAAGAACCAGCAGCAGCAGCAUGUGGUCAAGGCCGAGCUUGAGCCGGCCAUUCCGAAGACGCCGAAGCCGCGGGAUCCCGAGAAGGAGAAGCGACGGAUCGCACGCAAGAAGGAGAAGCGGGCCACACUCAUCCUGGGCCUGAUCAUGGGCAGCUUCAUUGCCUGCUGGCUGCCCUUCUUCUUCCUGUACAUCCUGGUGCCGGCAUGUAGCAGCCACUGCAACAUACCGGAGUCGGCGUUCGCCAUCGCCUUCUGGCUGGGCUACAUGAACUCGGCCCUCAAUCCGGCCAUCUACACCAUCUUCAACAAGGACUUCCGGCGCGCUUUCAGGCGCAUCCUGUUCAAGUGAUGUUUGGCCUACGUGUGCUGUUACAGGUGCGUUUAUGCGAGCAUCGAGAAGGCUACCGAACGUGCCAUGGGCAGCACACCCAUGGGCUAUGGACAUGGCUCGUAUCAGCAUUACAGGCGUUAGAUUUGCUUCGAGUUGGUUUCACAUCUCAGUUUCAGUUCCCCCUAGAAUCCCAUUAAACCCAUUUUUCCCCGAUGCGUGGGUUUGUUUUCCUUUAAAUUUUCAGUUUUAAAAACAAACAAAAAAGUAACGAACAUUGUAGCUCAUUUAAAAAGCAAUGAACGGCUGUGAAUUUGAUGGAAUCUCUCAAUUUCAAUUUACGAAUUUUGGUUUCGUUUCGUUUCUCGAGUACCCUUGAACCCAGUUCCCAGUUCCCAGUUUUCAGUCCUUGCCCUGCGAAUCCGAACCCAAGUCCAAACACUUUUCACACUCGAAGAGCUCAUAGAAAUGCAUGAGCUGGGCAAACAAGAAUUUCAGCUAAGCAAACAUCCAUUAUAUGGCCUCAAUGGAUGUCGACUGCGGCGCCAAUGGCCAUUCAACUUGAAAUAAUUUCGCAAAUUUCCAUUUGUGGCUGCAUUCGCAAUGCUGCACAGGUCCCAGCCGUUCGGUUUGGCUUCGGUCUGCCUUCAUUCAGAUGGUCCCCUCACCCUGAUGGACAGCUGUGCUGUGCAAUCUGCAAACGUGCUAACAGGCAGGUAACCCAAAUCCAAUGGCCUGAAGACCACCAUUGUGUUGGCUGCCAAUCCUAACUGAGGUCAACAAGCUUAGGUCAAAGGGGUGCUGCUGGUUAUACUCAUUUUGAUGAUGAUGCCGAUGGUUGCAACAAAUUAAUUUGAUUUCUAUUUAAUAUUUUGGCAAAGGAGAGCCUUUCGCGCUCUCUCUCCCUCUCGAAAUGCUAUUUGAAUGCUGCAGUUUGGCUGGUGGCCAGAUCAAUAAUUUCAUGUGCACAUAAAUGUAAAGUGGCAGUACCAGUACGAGUGUAAUCCUGCGCAGCCAACACACAAUUUGAUGUAACAAAGUGAGACACACACACACACACACACUAAAGAGGCAUCGACAACGACAACGACAUUGGCGCGGAGAUAGAUUCCACCAGGCAGCUGCAGUUUUAUUCAUUCACUCAAAGAUAUUUCAGUUGGAGAAAAAUAAACGAAACGAAAUAUAUGGGAGCCCCAAUGCCUCAUGGGCACAGACAAAUGCAAAUGAAGCAGCCACCACUCACCAUUUUCCCCUCCAUUUCCCACUUUAGCUCUUGGCCAAGGCAUCAGAAAAUGCAUGUGCCCGUCCGAGUGGAAUAGACAGCCCGCCCGUCAGCCCGUCAUCCAGUCGGACGGAGAGGCGGACCCAUCGUCAAACGAAACGCUACAAUGGCACGGAGACAGAUCCAGGGAAAGCGGCAUUCAGUCAGUCAGUCAGUCGGACAGACAGACACUGUUUUUGGCAUGUGGCCCAAAACGGCUCUCCAUUUCGUUUGGCUUCUCUUCGCAGGCAAAGCCAAAGCCAAAAAAUGGAAUGAAAUAUGAGCAAAACGAGCCCAAAGAUACUUCUUCGCAGACACACACAAUAAGACAGACAAUCCUUGCAUACAUUUUACGUACAAUUUAUUUUACUUUCUCUGUGAUGUGUUCAUUCCUCAUAUUUCUCGGACACUUUGUGGCAGGGUGCAACUAAAUCUUAGUGCCACCUGUAAACUCAAAUCUAGCAUCUAGCAUCGAUAACAAUCUGCAAUAACCUUGUUCUUGGGUCCAUCAAAUUUAUGGCAGCUUUCAGCAUCCCUCCGCCCCUACUCUGCAGCUUAUUGGCCCUCUCAACACAUGGCAGAUAUAUCAAAUUUAUAGCCUCGGCCAUAGGCUAAGUGCUUGCGGUUGCUUCAGGCCUUUUAAAAUUGUUUAAGAGAGCAUAAAUAAUGGCUACGACCGAAUUCUAUCAGCCAGCUGGAGAACGAAAGAGGGAACUAGAACGUACAUGUGUUCCAUUUGAAUAAAUGGAAAUCGAAGCAAGAAAUUUGAAGGUGUUGAGAGACAAACAAGCUGAAAGCUCUGGCAGGGGCAGGCACCGACGUUGGGUCUGGGUGCAUGCUUUUUUAUGGAUCAUUUUCUUCCUGCCGCACUCUCCUUCUGUAGUUUUUGGCAUUGUCAGCAAUGUGUGUACAACAACUGCACUCAAAUGACAAUUUGAACAACGACAUCCAGUGCAACAAUACGACUACACACUAGCUACAACAACCAACUAAAUGGCUGAACAACAGAACACCAACAAAAACAACGAAACGAAACCAGGAGCGUUGUGCACAAGGCGAAAUCGAAAACAAUUGAAAUCGACGGCAAGGCAAACCAGGCAGGACCUGCCACUGGGGGAGGCACAUUAAAAUGCGCGACACACACAUGCACACACUCACUUACAGGGCGUCACACCCACACACAUAGCACUUAACUGCACUUAGGUGCGACAGCCAGAUGAGUGUCGAGCGGCAUUGCACGAAAGGCAUUGUUUUGCCCGUCGCACGGAAAGUCAUUUUCACUUAAAGUGUACAAAUGCAUGAGGGCUGCCUUUGACUUUGCCGAAAUCGAGAUACCCUUGCUGCUGGUAAGACUACGCCAAGACAAUAAUCGCAUCCACAUAUACAUAUUUAGUUGGACAGAUUAAAUUGUAAUACAUAUGUUCGAUUUUCUGUGAUUCAGCAUCCAAAAUUUGAAUACUUUACGCAGCUUUUAUCCUAAAGCUCACUUAGAUAAGAAUACCAUAUUCAAGGGUAUAAAAUCCUGACGAGCGUUUUCUGUUCUGGCCACAUGGCGAAUACGCAACGCAAUGCCGUCAAUGUACCUUGUAUUUGGCUCUACUUUUCGGUUGGUUUUUGCGGCCUGCGCUGAAUGGACAUUCAUAAAAUGGCAAUUAAUGUCACAAUUAGCAAUCACCAUAAAUUAAAUGCUCCACAAGCAUUUAAAAUAUGAAAAUAUUAUUAUUUUAAAGAAAUAAUAAAGAAAACCACAUGACAAUGACAAAAAACAAUGGCCAAAAAGGUUUGAAUAAUGCACAGUCAUUUCCAUUAAUGCUCAUAAUUGAAUUAUACGAUUUGGAAUGCAAAUUAUCUCUCUUCAUCAUUUUGCUUGUUUGCUUCAACUUGAAUUUGCCAAUUGUUUUCCGUUUUUUUGUUAAGAAAGAGUUGCCUAAAUGUACAUAUUGAAAAAUAAGUGGUAAAUAUUUAAAACAAUUAUGUAAAAAUAUUCAUUAUUUUCAGACUUUUUUUUUUGUUGCAAAUCUAAAUUUCUAAUGUCAAAAGCCACAAAUUGGACGAGGAAAUUGAAUUUAUUAUUGCACGGAAUGCGUAAAUUACAAUAUGCAUUUUCAUUUCUGUCAACAUCUAUUCCAACUAUCCAGACGCAAUAAGCCAAUUUAAUGCCUGAUUAACUUGCUAAAUUGCAGCACCCACUGGGUAGCAGAUUUCCCAGCGAUUCUCAGAUGUUUAGACAGAGUGGGGAGUGCCGAGUGGGAUUUUGGGUUUUAAUUGAAAUUCGGUUGCGGUGGCGGCAGCGGCAUUGGCAGCGGAUAGUUCCAAACAUUGAAACAGUUGAUAAAUAUUUAAGCGCGUAUUUGUUUAAAUGUUUAUUUAUGCGUAGCUUUUAGCCAAUGCCCCCCAGUCAUAAUUAGUGAUUUAUAAACAGAAAUUGAAUUGCACUUCAAGUCGAGUGAAUUCUCAAUCAGAGAAAUCGCUUUAUGACCCGCACACACAUGAUAAACACGUGGGAACUGUAAACAGAGAGAUGCAUUUUCCACUUCCUCCCAAUGGAAAAAUGUUGUUUCGGGUGUGGGGUUCGUCUUUUUAGAUGGUCUGUGAAGUAUUUGUGGAACGCUCUCUCGAAGCAAUUAACGUGGCCAUUAGGCUGCAGGCGAAUGAAUCACAAGAAUGCCUCUCGUCGGCCCGCCUUUUAAUUAACAAAGUAAAAAGGCCAUAAAUGUAAAACUCAUAACAACAAAUGCUGGCCCAUAAAUAUGCACUUAGGUAUUUAUGCGCAUUGACAGCAUGAAUAUUUAUGAGGAUGGUGGCUGUUAAAAUGCCGGUCCCCUCCCGGCUCCUCCCUCCGUGUUGAUUAAUUGGAAAAGUUGUGUUGCCGGUUCGGUUCAACGGGUAGGACCAUUCUCGAUGGUAAUGAUGAUGAUGUUUCCCAUUCCCAUUCCCAAUCCUAUUCCUUAUCCUGUUCCGCAUUCUGUUAAGCAUGCCUGAUUCUGUAUCUAGCAUUGCCGCCCAAAACUAAGCAAAUCCAAGGCCUGUGCAAAGUGAAAUUAAAAUAAAUGAAGGAAUUUACUUACUACGAGUAUUUGCCAUUAGAUAGAUAGACCCAGCGACCAUCUAUACAAGUUCAAGAAGUUCUUGGGGCUUGUCUCCCAGAACCCAAAAGGAUACCAAUGACUGAAAUGCUAAAUGAAAUUAUUUCAUUAAAAAAUAUAAAAGUAAAUCCAAAAGAAAUUGCAAGUAACUUAACGUAUUUCAAUAUUUAAUCUUAAACCUAAACUUAAACUUUUUUGCUAAACUAGAAACCAAUAUUUAUAACGAUGAUAUGAUAAAAUAAAUAAGUUAAAAUAAAUAUAUGUAUAUGGAAGUUGAAUUUUGAACCUAGACAAAAGUGAAACUAUUUAAUUAGCAUAAUUCUCUAGUUACCAAUAGUUAUAGAAACGUUUAAUCAUUCAACAGCAUAUGCAUAGCAACAAUUUUAACUCGUAUUCCACCUAGUUGUGCGUAGAUCAUACCCAAUAUGAACAAAACACACGCAACAAAAAUAACUCAAAAUAGCUCAAUUUAAUGGAGAGUUGUGGGUAGAUGAUGAGUAUAUCAAAGCCAGCGGCAAAUGAGAAUCAAAUGGAAAACUCUAUAAGUACAUACAACAUAGUUAAAUCAAAGUAAAACAUGCCUAAGUAAGUACACUUGUAAAUUGUUAAACAUACGACAUACAUUUAAGCGGAAGUCUUCCACUACAAUUACGCUCACUCCAUUUUGCGUUCUCAGAGCCCUCUCAUUCAGGCCGUUACUCCAGAUCUGCUACGAGGCGGCAGGCUAAUUUACUAAUUGUAUGUAUAGCAAGCAGUUCAAAAAAUAUUCAAUAAGUGUGUGUGUAUUUCAAAAGGUUUCUUCCCAUAGCAAAAUAAAAACAUAAACUUGGAAAAUGCUGCACAAAUUCGCAUGGUAGUAGUCUUCUUAGGUACAUACAUAUGUAAGUUAUGCUAAAUAAACUGUAGUUAACAAAGGGUAAAAUACGCAAGAUAUAUUAAUAUUUGUGUAUGUAAUAAACUAUGUUUAGAACAUGCCAUUGCAGCUGAUGCUCGUUCGGUUAUUUACAUAUAUACAUAUUGUACUUGUUCCACAUGGCUAACAACGAAGUAACAUGGUGCUAUGAGUUACGAUUCUCCUCGGUUCAUUUCCCACUACUUAUUCAGGGUGGUCAAAACGUUAAAAACUGAGCCCCUUUUAACGUCUUGGUUGCGCCACAUCACUACACACUCAUCUACAUGCUACAUUCGAGUAAAUACAGACACAAACACACUCACUCACACAUCAAAGUUGAAUCAAAGUUUGUUAAGGGAUUAAAGAGCAUUUCAAACUUACGUAGAAAUUAAAUAUUUAAGCCUUGUAAAUACCUAUUAAUUAUGCCAUGUUAUGUUAUUCAUAAAUAAAUAUUUAUAAAUAUAUCUACAUAUAUCCAUCUAUAUGAUGAUAUUAUAACGAUAAAAAACAUGUAAAUUGAGCAACCAGAAAUUGCAAAUUGAAGCCACCAAAGAAUUGAAUUUUCGCAUGUAAGUCAAAACGGGAAAACUAACAAGUAUUUAAUUAUACCAAAGCUAAGACUAAGUGUAAAGAAAACAGCAGACCCACCCACCCAUCCGAGACCCCACAAAUGUCCAGCAAGAACACCCAUACAUACGAGUACAUACAUAAGAACUCUUAGCAUUUAGGCAAUCAUAAGUCAUAGUUAAACUAAACAAACUCAACUAAACAGCAGAAAAAACAGAAGCAGACUCGGAAAUUAAAGGAAAUUCCUCACAAAACGAACUGCAAACUUCUGA